AUGCAGCUUCACCAUCUUCCUUUCUUGGCAGCCUUGGCUGGUUGGUCGAUCCAGCCAGCUUUGGGUGUGCCGCAUUCUCCAAGGGAUCAAGAACAGGCACAGUGCAAGAAAACCACUGUGGCGAUUCUGGGUGGUGGAAUUGCCGGUAUUUCGGCUGCUCAAGCUUUAACCAAUGCCUCGGUUCACGACUUUGCGAUUAUCGAGUAUCGUGACACCAUCGGUGGUCGUGCAUGGCACAACCCCUUUGGCAAAGGCCCGGAUGGGAAGCCAUAUACUAUCGAGAUGGGUGCAAACUGGGUUCAAGGACUUGGGAACCCCGGUGGCCCGCAAAAUCCUAUCUGGACUCUGGCCCAGAAAUAUAACCUCAAGACUCACUACUCAAACUAUGAUAAUAUCUCGACCUACAAUGAGCAUGGUUACUCUGAUUACAGCAAGCUUCUCGAUGACUAUGAUAAUGCAUAUGAGAUCGCCAAUCAAAAGGCAGGAGAAAUCCUGACUCAAAACCUGCAAGAUCAAACUGCCCAGUCCGGUAUGGCUUUGGCUGGUUGGAACCCCAAGAAGCAUGAUAUGGAGGCCCAGGCUGUCGACUGGUGGAAAUGGGAUUUCGAGGACAACUUCACCCCAUUGGAAAGCUCUCUGGUCUACGGCUGCGCAGGAGACAAUCUCACCUCUAACGUCUUCAGCGACCACGACAACUUUGUCACUGAUCAACGUGGUUUCAACACGAUCAUCAAGGGAAUGGCCUCCGAUUUCCUGAAAGGAGACAACGACCCCCGCCUUCACCUGAAUACCGAAAUCACCGAUAUCGAAUACCACAAGGACGGCGUCACCAUCCACAACAAGGAUGGCAGCUGCAUCACAGCCGCAUACGCAAUCUGCACCUUCUCCCUGGGAGUCUUGCAAAGCGACGCCGUAAAGUUCACCCCGUCCCUACCGGAGUGGAAGCAAACCGCGAUCCAGAAAUUCACUAUGGGAACCUACACCAAGAUAUUCAUGCAGUUCAACGAGACCUUCUGGCCCACGGACACCCAAUACUUCCUCUACGCAGACCCGGUCAUGCGCGGCUGGUACCCGGUCUUCCAAUCGCUCUCGAUGCCCGAGUUCCUACCAGGAUCAAACAUCCUCUUCGUAACCGUCACCAACGAACUAGCCUGGCGCGCAGAACGACAAUCCAACGAACAAACCCAAAGCGAAAUAAUGGCCGUUCUCCGCAAAAUGUGGCCCGAAAAGACCAUCCCCGAACCAACCUCCUUCCUCUACCCACGCUGGAGUCAAGAGCCCUGGUCCCGCGGUAGUUACUCGAACUGGCCCCCGUCGACAACGCUGGAAAUGCACCAGAACCUGCGCGCCAAUGCGGAUCGUCUCUGGUUUGCGGGUGAAGCUACCAGUCCCACUUACUUUGGCUUUUUGCAUGGUGCUUGGUUUGAGGGCCGGGAUGCGGGGAGGAAUAUUGCGGCUGUUAUGAAGGGUCAUUGUGUUCAUCCUGAGUCGAAGAAGUUGAAGGAGUGUGGUCAGCGUCGCCAUUAUGAGACGCUUCAUGGUACUUCGCCUUUGGCGGAUUAUAGUGCUGUUAAUGGGUGGACGGCGAAUAGCUUUUAUGAUAGCAAUACUGAUUAG